AUGAGACUGUACGGCGUGCCUGAAGGCUCCGAGGGCACAUCCAUGGUGGCAUUUAUCGAUAACCUUAUCAAGAGCGAGCUUGGAGGAGACGCUCCCAUGGACAGAAACCUUGGCAUCGAGCGUGCCCACCGUGCAUUAGGACCCAAACCACCUGCUAGUGCCCCACCGCGCUCUAUAAUAGUCCGCUUCCUCAGUUUUUCAAUCAAAGAGACCAUACUCCACGCAGCUUGGAAGAAGACGGUACGAAUCCAGGGUAAGCAAGUGUACUUUGACCACGAUUACGCACUGGAGGUGCAGAAAAGAAGGAAGGAGUACAUCCCUAUUAAGCGCGCACUGAAAGAGAAAGGGAUUCGUUUCCAAACUCUACUCACCAAGAUGCGCGUCUUCUACACGUCGGGAAGCGUCCUCUACGACAGCGCUAUCCAAGCCGCUGAGGAUCUGCGGAAGCGGGGCAUGGACGUGGACCGGGUCCCUGUCACCGCGAGGAGCAACCUGACUGCGGAGGAGACGCUGGCACAGCUGCUGCCGUGGGAAACGCAGACAACGCGCCGCGCAGGCUUCCAGGAAAGUAUCCGUGAAAAGCUCAAGGUGUUCCGGAGAGAGGGAAAUGAGACUGAAUAA